CCAACCAGCGCCGGCCCCUGUUGCUGAGGCGGGAAGGAAAAGGAGGAGGAGGAGGAGAUGGUGGCGGACGGCGCCCGUGCUCUGGCUGUUCCCCUCUCAGGAGGGAACCGGCGGCCAGAGGUGAGACCUGUGGUUAAGACUUCAAACCUCUGUCUGUUUGGAAAUGCUACUCAUUUCAGAAACAAGAAUCUGCACACUGAAAAUGAGGAUAUGGUUAAGCAAAGCACCACAUUCAGUCAUUAUGAGCCACAGGUAAACUGCACUAAGCAAGAAAUGGACACACAGCUCUUCUCUCCUUUGUUUGGAGGAAUAACUAACACACCGUCCACUGUGGAGUCUCCCCAGUUUUACAGUAGCUGGUCAACAUGUGGAGAUGAUGCCAAUGUUAUUGCCCCAUUACAUGGCUGCGCCAAAAAAAGAACACAGGUAAAUUUAUCUUAUUCUGGCAAUGGCCCUGAUAUGUUUGGCUUAGUGACAAGCAUCUUAGAGGAGCCAAACAAGCAAGAACCUGUUACAGGCUGGAAUUCUCUAUCAAGAUUAUUUCCACCCGUGUGGUCAUCAGACUUUGAAAAAACUGAAAACCUCUCAGGGCUUUUUUCUACAAAAUGCUUGGAAAAUGAAGAUCCUACAAACUUAGUUGGUACUCAACAUAUUUAUGAAGAAAACUUGCAAAAGUCAUCAUCCAUAGAACUACUAAAGAAAGAACUUGAAGAUCUCCAUGUUAUAGGAUCCUGGCUUGUGACUUCUGAUCCUUGCAGUCGGUCACCUGAUGAGAUUUUGAAGAAUGCUGAUUCAGAAAACAAGGCUUUUAAGAGUAAUGGAAUCAAUCACCAAGGUGGACUUGCAUAUCAGAAUGUACCCAGUUAUAACAAAAAUCAGUUAAACAGUGGAAAUGGGAAGAGCCAUACUGAUUUUAGCACUUUCUCAUCUCAUACUAGAAUAAAAGAUAGCACGAAUACUGCUAAAGAACUCCAGAAAGCUGACCAUGCAAGAGGCGUGCUUGGGAAAAAUGACACAGAAGGAUCAAGCAAAUAUUUCACUCAAUUGUCUAAUUCUCCCGCUGAUGGAAUAUGGGAUCCAGUGAUCCAGCAGAAUAUAAGAUAUACAGGUUUUCCAGCUGUUUAUGACUCUCAACAGUUUAGUUGCUCAUCUCCAUACCUUCUCAGUCCACUUAAUAAAGAGAAUAGCUUUCCGGAAGGAAGGAAUGCAAAACUGCAGGAAAACCACCCACAAAAUAACCACACUUGCAUCACUACAGAGGGGAACUUUGGCAAUACUGAAUGUAAGAUGUCCUUACAUUAUCAGAAAACAUCCUGUAAUCACUUGCCUCUUAAGCCAGCACUACAGAAUAUGAAUUCAUCUUACAAUGGAUAUACAUGGCUGGAUAGUAAGAUACCAAAUCCAGUGGCUACAUCAUUUGCAACUUAUGGGAAGCAAAAGCAAAUGAGUUCUCAGUUGUCUUCAAGGUGUUCAACUCAGUCUGGUGGACCUUCCACCAGUCAAUCUAUAGCCCAGCCUUCUUAUUCACAGGUGGCACCAAUGUUGAACUCAAGAAAAGAUGGGAAACACAUCUCUGCUAACAGUCCUAACAGCUCAGGGUUUUCAAACUGCAAUGAAAAUAGGAAGCAACCUAACCCUAUUGGACACACCCAGAAGGAUUCCUUAGCUACUAGAGAGGGAUACUGUGGUGAAGUAUCCACGAAUGCUUCCUCCAGGUGGCUGACACAAAAGCAUUCCGUAAAUGAGUCUGCAAAACACUAUAGUUUUCCUAAAAAGCAAAGCCAGUUCAGUACUGAUGAGAGAACUAGGCAGAAUGAGAGAAGACAUAAAAAUAAUUGGAUUCCACACCCAGGCUAUGCAAGCCCAAAUCAAACGCAGCCUGAUAUAUUGAGAAGAGCAGAAGAACAGAACGGCAGCAAUUUGUCUGACUUCAUCAAUCCUUCUUUCCUACCUCUCUUCCCAUUAAUGCCUGGUUAUAAACAUAUGCCUAAUUUUCCUCCAUUUAAUCCUCCCACAUUUUCAUCACCAGCUAAUGUUGCAUUUUCUCCAUUGCCAUUUCCGUUGUCUGAACUUGCUGACCUCCUUCACUAUGAUGACCUACCCUAUUUGGGUCCUUUCUUUAACAAGCUCUUCUGUGGAGAUUUGCCUGCACAAUACUUGGCCUUUCCACCACCUGUUAACCACUAUAGACCUCCAAAGCAUCGCAGUGGAGCUGCAAAUGAGCUCCAUAGUCAUCUAGAAGAUUGUUAUGAACAGUGGAGAGCACUAGAGAGGGAACGCAAAAAGGCAGAGGCAGAUCUGGCCAGAAACUUCCCAGGGAAGCAGGUAUCCAGCUCAAAUAACACUCCCUUCUCCCGCCUUCCUGACAAGCCUUCCCGAGUGGAUCGUCUGAUUGUGGACCAGUUCCGGGAGCAGGCGAGAGUACACACUUUAGUUGGGAAAAUGGAACGGCUUUGUGGUUAUCCUGUCCAUGGUAACGUAUCUGCCACUUUGAGAUGUCAUUUGGAAGCCAUCUGUGCUACCCGAGCGAGACGCAAGGAUGAGAUUGUUAAUGCUGCUAAUCAUCAGAGGCAAGGAAUAUCUCGUUACAACAAUGAAAAAGAUGUCCUUGCUCUGGCGGUUGCCAUUAAAGAUUUGGCUUUCUUCACACGAAAAACACGUACAGCUUUAUGGUGUGCUCUUCAGAUGACCCUGUCGAAAACUUCAAUGAACACGCCAGCAAAAAAAGAAGAAGUGGAAAGGGCCUUGCAAGAGCUCUGUCCUGUCAUUGGUUGUUUGCAAGUGAAGGACAUCGUGGAGCGUGAUGACAAAGAAAACAAGAGAGAGAACCACAAACUGCCUCCACAGGUCAUACAGUGAAUGCACCCAAGUAAUUGCAGCAGUGUAGAAAAUACGCCAGGCUGCCAGCAAGUCUAGUGGAUCUGUGCUGCGUUUCCACUGCUGAGAUUCAAGCCUAGAUAACAUGCAUUUCUGUAGUAGUAUUGCAGCAGUCUUAAUAUUGGUGGUAUAUGUCUAGGGUGUAAAAUAGAAAGGGUCAGCUUAAGUGGAGACAAGCAAUAGUAGUUCAUACUCUUGGCCACCAAUCCAAAGCUGUAACUCAAGCCAUUGACUAGGAAACUAGCAAGUGGCGAAGCUAAUUGUGAUACCAAUCGAACACACAGUGCCACUUCAUUCCUCGGUUUUGUAAUGCUAAUAUUUUAAGUGCCAAAGUCAUUACUGAAUACUGUUUGUUUCACACUGAUAAUUAAUAAUGCACAUUUAUUGUGGCAUUGUCAGGAGCUGAGGAAGAAAUUGCCAAUGGUCUGGCUCACAGUAGUUACAUUAAAUCAGCAGCUAAUGUUAGUUGCGUUAAAUCUGGAAGGAGUGUUGGAAGAUGUAUUAGCAACAAAGGUGUCAAGCUGCUCUAAUCGAAACUUCAGCUUCCAUAAGUGUGGUAGAACAACAGAAUCUGUUGAUUCUGAAAGAAACUCAAAAGGAGUUAUAAAUGUGUAGCAUUAAGUAUUGCAUUAUAGUGAGCAUUAGCCAGUGAGAUUAAAUUGUUUAGAUUUAGAAAUGGAAUAUAUCGAUGCCUUAGUGGCUUAAAACUACUAUUUAACUUGUUAUGCACUUAAUGAACAUAUGGCUAUUAAUGAUUUGAGUAUUUAUUUUAAUGGUUAAUAUAUAAUUUUUACUUUAUUUUAAUACAUGUUUUGAUCUAUUGCAAGACCUAAUAAUCAGGCUUAUGUUUGCUCAGGGUCUGUAUGUGUGUGUGUAUAUAUAACCUAUAAAUAUACACAGUAUAUAAUGUUUGCAGAGAUGGGAUGUUUGUAGGAAUAGCUAUAUAAAACUAAUCUGUACUAGGUUACCAAAGCUGGCUGGUUUAUUUUUAGCAUGAGGAAAUUUUGUAUGUUUAAUCACCAUCAUUAUUAGGCUUCAUACUGUGUCUUGGACAAUCAAAUAUAUUAUAUGGCCAUUGUGAAUGUAUAAGGCAAGAACUGGAACAGAUGAGGCACCAGUCCAAAAGUUUCACUGUAACGUUGGGGACAGCUUCAUACAAAUAAUGGGGUAAGGGGUGCACACACAUAAAUUGGUCCCUGACAAAUUGGGCGAGAGAAGACCCUAGUCCAUAUAGGAAGUGGUGUGUAUGUUGCUGAGCUUCAGUGUGUGACAGGAAUCUCUGGAUUGGGGUGUUAAUGUUUGGGUUCUUAUCACUUAGGAGUAUUAAUGUUUUAACAAUCUUGUAAAACGUGAGAAUACCUCUGUGUACUGAUAAACAAGUAAUGUGUGUGUGUGUGUUUUAUACGUCCGUGGCAAAUUCUGGAGAACAGUUGUCUCAGUUCAAAGAAUCAUUUUGGAAAUGUGAGGGAUCCUGGUAGAAGAAACCUAGUUUGAGUGCUUGGAACAGAUUUUACUUGCUUACUAAGUUGUUAAAUUGGCUGCUGCUCCCGGAAGCAUAAUUAAUGGCUUCAUCAUAAAUGUACUUAAUCUCUCUCCCCACACUCCAGGCCCAGCUUUGAGCCCUAUUGUGUACAGGUAAUGAAGAAGUUCUACCUCUGGCCUGUCUAGGUCAAACUCUGCCCCCUCCCAGCCACUUCCUGUUUAGCUGAGAAGCGAGCAGAGACAGGCAGCACUAGGCAGCCACCUAUAGCUGUGGUGACAAUGCGUAGUGCAACCUUCACCCAGUCUGCCUCCCACCAAAUGCUGGCACAAAAGGAGCAGUAAAGCAAAAAGGAGCCUGACUUUGUGAAUGUUUAGAGUAAAAGUAAUAAUGAGUAAAAGGACUGUAAGGUGGGUGUAGCAGGAACUUGCAGAUACCUCAUGCUCUUCCUCUUCAUUUCAUAAAACAAAGGAAUCAUUGAAAGGCACAAUAAUCAGAGUGCCAUUUUCUUAGUUUGGUAUGUUCAGCCUUUGUAUUGGUUAAUGCUGAGAAAUUAUGCUUUGUGCAUUUUGCACUAAAUGUCAUGAGGUCAUAUAUGCUUUGUGGAAUAGAAUUAGUUUACAGUGUGAGGAAUUGAUCAUAUUUAACUCUUACCAAUCUUACUGUGUUUAGAAACAGUGGUUUGGUAGUCUUUUUUUCUGUUGACCAAAUCAUGGUACUUCUCCAGGACUGCUUUGUAGCAAUGGGUGUAUUAGACACUUCGAGUUAUUAAUUUGUGAAAACUGUUUAAAACUGUGGUUAUAAUUGGUGGUUAUAAGUAAUGUGCCUUUCGAAGUCUUAAAAGAUAAAAUAUAACUGUGUACUCACUUUUUGUUGCAACCAAGCAAUAUAUUUAAAGGGAUUAUAAUAAGCUGCAUUUGAUAGCUGUAGUUUACAGUAUGAAUGUUUCAUAAUCAGUUUCCAGCAUUGGUUUCCCUAGCUUUAGAAUAUAUAAAA